UUCUUCCCCGCACAUCCGCAGGCGACGAAGAAUACUGUACGUUGUUGCUGCACCGUUCUUUCAAAUGGCUGCACUGAUCAGGAGGAUUAUCAGCACAAAAAAAGCUCCUUCUGCCAUCGGCCCGUACAGCCAGGCAGUCGUGGUGGACCGGACCAUGUACAUCUCAGGCCAGCUGGGGAUGGACCCCACAAGUGGACAGUUGGUGAAAGGUGGCGUUCAGGACCAAACCAAACAGGCUCUUGUCAACAUGGGUGCCAUCCUUGGAGCUGCUGGGUGUGGUUAUGAAAACGUUGUCAAAACAACUGUUCUUCUCACUGACAUGAAGGACUUCACCACAGUCAAUGAUGUUUACAAGCAAUUCUUCAGCACCAACUUCCCAGCCAGAGCCGCCUACCAGGUUGCUGCUCUUCCCAGGGGCGGACUGGUUGAAAUUGAAGCCGUCGCUGUCUUAGGCCCUCUGAUGGAUGCGUCCUAAAAAUGGGUCUAUUCAACAUUGUUGGGGAAUUACUACAUAAUUGCAAUAAUAAUAUUAUUCCAAAUAAUAUAUUACUCUUAUAAUAUAAUAUAAUACUCUUUGAAUACACACACUAAGAUUAGUGGGGGAAACUUUAUUCCUUACACUUGGUGGAAUCACAUAUAAAUUUCAUAGGAGGAAUAUUCUUUCAUGCAGACCCCCCCCCCCCCAGCCUGAAUCACAUUAUAUGUUAGUUUUGUUAGAUUGACAUUAACUUAUCCAGCGUACACAGGAAAUGUGUUGAUGAAUAAGUCAUUAAUGAACAAAUAUUAAAGAACAAAACCGUGAGGAAAAGCAUGGAACACACUGAAAUUACCAUGACUACCAAUUGUAAUAAAAACAAAGUAUUCCGCCUUGAGACGAAAAAGACAAAAUCUAGUCUGCGAAUAUUCAUCAUUCAUCAUUCAUCAAGGUCAAAUCAAAUGUUGACUAGUUGGAAAGAAGACUCAUAUCAGGGGUUAAGCCUUACACCCCCUACACCCAUGACAGACCUGGAAAAGACAAUAUCGGUGAAAAAGUGAUGGACGAGGGCAACAGUAGAGGGAUCAUUCUCACCGUCUCAAAAUAAUACUUUUAACAAACUUUAAAGUGGCCAAGAGUGCAGAAGCUGAAGAAAUCUAUAGAACCAUGGACAUAAAUCAACUAAGCAUGGAUCCAGAACCAAACGAGGAUCAACUACUCUUGUACAACGACACGGUCGUUACCUCGAACCAGACCUGAUAAAGCAAGGAACUCACAAAUUGUCCCCUCAAAGUCGGAAAUAGCUUUAACCCCCAGAUAGCCAACAAUAUUUUGACACCAAAAAUGUUGUUUCACAAACAUCCUUAUUUAAUUUUUAAAAGUAGGUUGAUACUUGCUAUGAUUUUAUAGUUGUUUACAAACUAAAAGGACUAACGGUGAGAAGCCACAGUGGGGAAAAAAAAAGUGUACAGACCAUAAAAGUGGGGCCUGAUCUUUCAGAUUUUUUGGGGUAUCAAAUAGGAGGUGUUAGGAAAGUACCACAGCAUCUUUGUGAAGCAGAACGUUGGAUUGUUCACCCUUUAACAGGAAACAUAAGCUGGGUUUAGACUGUUGUGAGACCACACCUAUGCAGAUCAUACUGAUUGUGUUAUUAUCCUGAUGUAUCCUCCUCCAUCCAUUUUGCGUGUUGCUUGGGUCUAUUUUGAAGAAUGCCUGGAAGAUUAACAAAAAAAAACAGUCAGAGAAUGGUUGCAUAUUUAUCUUUCCACAUUUUGUAUUCGGUAUUCUAGUACAUGAUAUAAUAUCUAGUACAAGAUAUUAAGGCAUUGACACAAUGAUGUGUUUCACUCACUUGCUGCUCCCAUAUUAUUUGUAAUAUUUUAAUGGUACUGAAAAACAAUUAAAAGUAUUGUCUAGUUUAAAUAAUAUCACCAAUAAAUGGAGGAGUGGUUAGCUUGCAGGCCUCACAGCUCGGAGACCCGAGUUCAAUUCCACCCUCGGCCAUCUCUGUGUGGAGUUUGCAUGUUCUCCCCGUGCAUGCAUGGGAUUUUUCUGGGUACUCCGGUUUCCUCCCACAUUCCAAAAACAUGCUAGGUUAAUUGGCGACUCCAAAUUGUCCAUAGGUAUGAAUGUGAGUGUGAAUGGUUGUUUGUCUAUAUGUGCCCUGUGAUUGGCUGGUGACCAGUCCAGGGUGUACCCCGCCUUUCACCUGAAGACAGUAUGGUUUAUAACAUUAAUAGAGACCUCUAAACAAUAAAUAACAUAUAGGGUUCGAAUUUCGUAGACUAGGCGCAGCCGCGGCGCACCUGCCCUAUAGAGCGACCACGGUUGGCAUCAUACUUUCAGCUGCCGUCAGGUUGAGGUCCCACGGUGUGAAAAACCUGCUUGUGAGGCUUUUGGUGACGUGUCUGCACUGUGCGCCUCUCGGACAAUUUACCACUGCGCAUGGUGCGCUUUGCCUGCGCCAAGAAUAGACCGGGUCGGAGCUGGCGAGCUUUGCGGUCACCUAUGGUGCGCUGUUUUGUCAUGAAAUUGUCAGCUGAAAAUGUGGACACCUCUCAUGGUGCGCCGCCACGAGCAUUAAAAUUAAAUCACAAAUCAAAAUAAAAUUUUGCACUUUUACAAUCACGUACAAACAAAUCAAUUUUAAUGUCAGUCAGCAAUAUCCUAUUCCAUCUGCAUGAUGACUGGAAUGUAGUUAGUCUUGUACAGCAUUUGUCUUAUGUAAGGUGAAGCGUGCUUAUGUAUUAAGCGUGCUUAUGUGCGUGAGUGUGGGUGUGAAGCCGUCCACACACGAACAAUGUCUCUCGUCUCCUCCAAACAAUGGAGUUCAGACCUGGGAAUUUACCAAGACGGUGGAAGAAUUCAGCGUGUUUUUGGUUUCUAGCCAACAACGUGUUUGAUCUCUGCAUGGUUGGGUAGAAUGUCAAUAUUCUCCAUGACGACUUGAGAGAUUAGCGUCUUUUAGCAUUAAUUGUUUACAGGAUGGUAAACAAGAUCUUAUCAGCUGUGUGGACAUGCUCAGAUUAGUCUGAACUUUCAGUCCGUGAUCAUGUCUUACUGCUUCUCCUAAAAUCAGGAUGUCUGGACAUGUUUGGUAUGUAAUUAUAAUGUGUUAAAUUAAGCAUCGUCUAUUAGUAGUUUUACUCCUCAAGGCCUCCAAUGAAAGGACUUCCUGUUUGUCUGAGCUAAUUAAAGAAGAAGAACGAUGUGUCAUGUACCUUCUGACAAGGGUUCCUAGAUCUGACCAGCAGAAACUGGUGUCAGAGUUGCUUCGGUGUCUGUUCGUGUGGGUUCAGUAGCAGGAACUUCUACGUCACCGUCACUUUCUGCUGAACAUGGAGCUGUCUCAGAUGUUGGUUGAGCUUCUGAAGGCAACAGUGAAGACACCAGGUCCUUCAAGUCAGUUUUUUCAGAUAUUGAGGCAGGCUCCUGGGUAAAUGUUGCUUGGGUGGGACAGGAAGUUUCUGAGGACAUCAUAAGAGCUUUGUUGUCCUCUUCAGUCCCAGGUUCUUGCUCGACUUGCGUAUCAUCUGUAACUUGAGAUGAAGGAGGCAUCUCUGGAAUGGUCGCCACCGCGAUCCGUGGAUCUAUUACAGCUUCCAAAUCUUCACUGGGAGAUGAGGAUUCAGCUGUGGAAUCUUCACUUGUUGUUGUUUCAUUUGGUGCCACCUCGUGUGGAGCAUGAGUUCCCAUUUGUAUUUCUGAUGUGGGAACUUGUGGAGAACUGUCCGUAGGAGCCUCCAAAGAAAGAGGAAUAUCCGCAGGGACCUCGGCGACUGCCUCUUGCGUAACUUCUACCACUGGUUCUACAACAGGCUUGGCAUCCUCAUUUGGGGUCUCGGCAACUCCUGCAGCUCCUCCGUCAGCCUUCAUUUCUUCUGCAGGAGGUACCUCAGACUCAAUCACUUCAACAGGUUCUAGCGCAGAAACCUCCGUCUUCACAAUUUCAGCAUCAGCCCCAGCUUUUAUCUCUCCAUCAUCUUCUAGAGCCUGCACUGUGGCAACAUCUUCCAUACCAAGAAUCUCCCCUGAAGCCUCACAAAGGGGUUCGACGAUCACACGUUCCUCAUUACCAACAUCUUCUACCAUUAAACCAGCAGAUGCAGAGUCAGUGGAGGCUUCUUCUUCUGCAGCAACUAAACCCGGCUCUUCAAAGUUGACCGCUUCUGGUUGUGGUUCAGAAUGAGCCAAGAGAUCUUCUCCGGAGCCCAGAUCCUCCUGAGCCUCCAUUACCACCAACACAGCCUUUAGUCCAUCGUCAGCGUGCAGUUGAAGAUCAUCUGCCAAGGCACACACAGGCAACUGCGUCUGGUCCUCGAUGGCGUCUGCAAUGACGCCAUUUUGAACGGCUGUCAACAGAGGGACAAGCAAAGACAUGAAGAUUUAGAACUGUGGACAAUCGGGCAUCCGAAUAAAAACUUGAACCUGACUCAAGACAGAUAUGGACGUUCUGUGGUCAGAAGAAUGACAAUGGACAUCAUCUGUUGCUAACGAAAAAUGUAUCACAGGAAAUAUUACGGGAACAAUAAGACUCAAAGAAUGCAAAACAAAUUGAGAAAAUAUGCUUUCAUUUCCUCACUUUAAGGUCAGAUUUAUUAAAGUUAAGUCCUGGAUGAAGAGGAAAUGACGAUGGCAUCUGUUGGACACGCCCUAGCUUCACUCGCAUUUUACUGACUUUACUGAAGACACGGCCUGCUUUUGGAUAAAACUACAGUAGACGGACAAAUAGUGUGGUAGUUCGAUAUUCAUUCAUUCAUUCAUUCAUUUUCUACCGCUUAUCCUCACAAGGGUCGCGGGGGUGUUGGAGCCUAUCCCAGCUGUCU